GACGUAUGAGGAAGCAAUUAAAAACAUGCUUCCGAAAACGCGACGCGCUGUGAUAUGAGAGAUGUGUACAGCUUUUAAACAGUUAAUGAAACCCAUCAAUUCUUUAUUUAUGUUUUUUUAUUAAUUGGAGGGUAAAGGUGUUUCGUUGACGUGACAAGAAGGAUAGUUCAUUGUCAAGAUUGUUUAGCUUCACGUUAUAUUGAAUGGGAAUAAACGAAGCUAACUAACUUAUGACUUCAUUGUGAACAUGUGCAAGUGUAGAAAUCAAAUUACUAAUGAUCAAACUUAAAAAUGGCAUUUGCGAACCUCUUUAAAACUCUGUCUCCUGCUGAAGGACAUCAUGCCAUCCCAUGUCAAUCAACUCAACCACACAAAAAUGGGGUCCAAGAGGUGUGUGCCACACAAAGACCAACCCCUUGCGGACAGCAGACUGGUCAGAAGAAGAAAAAGAAGCGCCAACAUUUGAAUCAAGCCGUGGCCGCAAAGACUCACGGACCUCCACGGUUCUAUGACUAUGACAAGCCAGUUGGCGUCCCCUUUAAUCACAGAGGAAAAGGCCAGUUCCACCACAGAGGUGCCUUCUCCCAGAAAAAUAACCACCACAACAACUGGCAGGAAAACGCAAAUAGUCAGAGCUACAGGGGUGGGUUUCCCCGUGGACGACAAUUUCAUCAGGGUGACCGUAGAGGAUGGUUUCCUAGAGGAAGAGGACACAGUCAAACGCAUCAAAACAAACGGGGUUCAGCAGUCCGGCACAUGACCCAGGAGUUCAAGGACCAGAACGCGCUGCAGGUCGACGGGCAGUUAUUGUGUAAACACUUCCUGAUGGGCAGAUGCACCAAGGGCGCGGAGUGUCAGCUGGUGCAUGCCAUCACCAAAAAUGAUCUGAUCAAAGACGUGUGUAAAUUCUACAUCCAAGGUUCCUGUUCCAAAGGAGAGAGCUGCGCAUACAUGCACAGCUCCUUCCCCUGUAAGUAUUUCCACCAAUGGGGGAAGUGCGCCAAAGAAGGCGAGUGCCGGUUUUCCCAUGAGCCCCUCACCGAACUGACCAAACAACUGCUGGAUCAGGCCAUACAGCGGGAAAAGGAUCUCAGUGAGACGGCGCGGAACAAGGAGCGGGAGAGCCUCGCUCCCCCAGCGGCGGCAGACCAGGGGGGGCGCUGCCGGGGGGGCCUGCCACAGUUUUACAACAGUUCAUGUCCCGAGGAACCAGCCGCCGAGCUAGAGGAGCUGAUCGGUGUUGAGCCGGAUCGUGGUCCCGAUCGCAGUGGGAGUGCUUCCCCGUCCUGCGGGCCCCCAAAUUCCAAAGCGGUUCCCUAUUCGGUGGAAGCGGUGCUCGCACCCGGGAUUUCCAAACCUUUUCCGUCGCUUUUUGGGUCAAACGGGGACUCUGCCUCCUCGUCUUCCCCACCGCGUUCUUUUGCUCCGCUGUCGGUCCCGGCCCACCGGGUAGAGGCGCCGUACUCCGUGGAGGCCGUCCUCAGGUCGGUCAAGUCCGUCGGAAGUUCUAACUUGACCCCCGCCAGGGAACCGCCUCCAUCCGCCAAUCCUCCGUGGACCUAUUACGGUUCGGACCUUUCCAAGGAGUUCCCAAAAGCUUCCCGGUUCUCGGGGCCGUUCCGUGGAAAGGAUUCGCGUUUGGAACACAACACCGGGGAAGCAAUUGACGCCGAAGCAAGGCCGAACGGAAAUCAAGAUGUUCCAUCCUCGAAUCAGGGUCAUAAACAAGCCAAACGCUGUCUGCCUGUGAAUAAAUGUGUCCCUCCGUACUAUCAGAGCUCUACAGAGGGCAUUGGAGUAGUUAUCAACUCAAACAGUUCGACGGAUGUCCGUGUUCCACCCGUUCAACCGGAAACCCGACCAGCUGAGGAAACGAGGAAAGCCUUCCACAGCCUUUUCGCAAACCCUCUUAAUCAGAACGUCUUCAACCCUCCCCGUCUCACACCACUUCCUGCUGCUGCACCGUCAACCCCCAGACACUCUGCACCGUCAAACCCCAGACACUCUGCACCGUCACCUACACGCGCUACACCUUCAACAAACAGGAAGGAGAAGACCGCUUCUGCUGACGCUAACGCUGGCCACAGUACACAUGUUCCAGCAAGGCCUCUCGCUCUCAAACCUGAACACGGACCAAGUGCGGCCUUUAAGGUCGCUAAGCCAGCAGUGCCUUCUGGCUCAAAGUCCCGGAGCACAGAGUCACCCGGCCCCUCUCCCCAAGCCAAGACGGCUUGCCGAGCGAGCGCACCGGCUCACUGUGAUCGAUCUGUACUGGGACGUAGUAAGCCUGUGAAGCGGCCCUACCACAGCAGCAUGGCGAGCUCAGGUACUGACACCGAUGAGGAUCUGCCUCCCUUACAGAUCGCGAUGGACCCGAUGGUCGGUUCUUCCGAUUCCCCAGAGCCGAGCGACGGGGAGCCGCCGGUCAAGGCCAGCGGGGGAGUGCUGCGCGGUCUGUUUGCGACCCCCAUCCACCAGACUACUGCUAUUGCGCCGCCUCCCUCGACCCCGGGGCACCGGGGUCCUUGGGAGCCUUGCCCUGCAGGGGGCAGCGGUGCACACCACACCCGGACACCUGGUGCUGCAGGCUCACCUGCGUCUCGUCCGGGUCCAAAACAUCCGAAGGAAAAAGAGCAGGAAUCCCGAACAACCGGCCCUCCGCCGCCGCCAGCUCAUUCCGUUCGGAAGAAUUUGCACAUGCCCGAAAUUUCUUCGGAGAAAGCCCCUUCCCAUGCAGCCACUAACACUAGUAAUUCAGUUCUCAAGAGCCUCUUCCUAAACUUGAGACCCUACAACCAGGAAGAACAACGUGUUACCCACAGCAAAAGUGGAGACAAAGAUGAGAUAAACCACAGGGCCAUCUCCAAAGAACCACAAACGACAGGAGAGGAGGAGGAGGAGGAAGAAGAAGAAGAAAAAGAGGAGGAGGAGGAGGAAGAGGAGGAGGAAGAAGAAGAAGAAGAAAAAGAGGAGGAGGAGGAGGAGGCCAGAAGGAAGGCGAUGAGGAGCACAGAGAUGUUGGGAGGAGUUGAGCCAGCAGGGUGUCAUGUGCAUCCUGACCACCAGGGCUCCGGUGAACCUCCCAGUCAGCCACCAGCUCCAGCUCAUCACCGGUCCCUGGAGAAGAACCCCCACAGCCGCUCUCCAAGGCCCUCUGCUGUGCGUCCGGCAGGCCGUUUGGACCCAGUCCAGCUCCUAUCCCACGGCGCUGAACAGCCUCCGAUCGGAUCAAACGGGCCCCUGACCCGGCCUCAGAGCCGACCGCCUCUGACCUCCAUGAAGGGGCUGCUGUCGAGCCUCUUCAAGACUCUGGACCCUGCUGCCUCUCCCUUUGGAAAUUAGGGUCCUAAUGUUUCCUUAAACAGAGGGAAAGUUGUUGCUUUUUUGUUAUUAAAACGUUUUUUUUCUGGUAAGAAAUUAAUAUUCUGCUUAUUAAGAUCUUAUUGAUCUGCUUAUUUUAUCAAUAUAAUUAUAUUUUAUAAAUAUAAUUAUAUAAUCAUACAAAAAUGAUUAUAAUUAUAUUUAUAUAAAUAUUUAUUUUUUAUGUGAAAUG